CCUCCAUCGUCCUCCCCCUGGACCGUCAGACAGACGAGUAAGCAUAUUUGAUACACUCCGAGUGGACAGACCAGCCAAAAAAGCAACACAUCAUCCACUAAACUGAAUGCUCUGUGCCACCAUCGGUAUGGGGCUUAUGGUCUUUUUAAGAGGCUCAUUCGGCCUCCUGCUGCAUCAUGCACUGGCAUCUUUAGUAGCGAAUGAACUACAGUACUCUCCGAUGUUGUUGCUUUUUCUUUUCAUCUUGUUGUGUCCCGCUAAUAAAUUUAUUUAUAUUUUAUUUUUAUUUAUAUUUUUUUUUCUAUGUAUUUUAAUUUUAAAAAUCCCCCCUCGUCUUACUUGCUCUGGACUCCUCGUGACAUGACCGUCCUGACUAUGCUUGAUACUACUACGGCUUUGUCCCAGGGUAUGGAGCCCACCUGGGCUGUCGCUGGAGUUAUUGUUCGAUAGCUCGGCUAAACUUUGCGCUUCUGCAGCCGAUCACCAUCCCCUUUGUUCCUCUUCAUUCGAAACAAAAGUACGAUGGAUCCCUAACUUUCUUCGCUUUCACCUUCCACGCGGGCCGUACCGACGGUUUAAAAAAAGGUAAGUGGUGCACCCACUUGCAUCCGUUCAUUAAGCUCCGCAUUGACCGGUCUUGAUGCAUUGCAUUGCUAAUCUACGUUAUUUGUACGUAUGUUUCAGUAAGAGCUGAUGAUAA